AUGGAAUACAAGCCAGCCAUCAUGAGUGCGUCCCUCGGACGUGCUUGGCUGCACGACCUCGAUUACAAAAUCGAGCAAGCCGGGAAAGCGGGGUUCAAAGCCAUUGAAGUCUUUUACGAAGAUCUGGAUUAUGCUGCUCGCAAGCUCUCAGGAAACGACUAUCCAACAUCCGAGCAUAUUCUACAAGCAUCAGAAAAUGUACAUUCGAGUUGUCAAGCCCAAGGUCUUGAGAUCAUCGGCCUCCAGCCGUUCCUAUUCUACGAAGGUCUCAAGGACAGAGACCAACAUGCACGUUUGAUCGAGAAACUGAAGCUCUGGUUCAAAAUCGCAAAAGCUCUUGGAACCAAUACCAUCCAGAUCCCGGCAAAUUUCCUACCGGCGGAGCAAUUGACGGGCGACCGAGAGGUGAUUACCGCUGACCUGCGCCAAGUCGCGGACAUGGGUGCGGCUGAAAACCCCCCAGUUCGAUUUGCCUAUGAAAAUCUCUGCUGGAGCACCCAUAUCGAUACCUGGGAGAAAACAUGGGAUAUUGUCAAACGCGUCGACCGGCCCAACUUCGGCAUGUGUCUAGAUACUUUCAAUAUUGCUGGCCGUGAAUGGGCCGAUCCUGCUUCACCGACAGGCAAAACGCCAAAUGCGGACGAGAAUUUUAAACUUUCAUUGGAGAAACUCGUGAAAGAGGUCGACGUUUCGAAAGUCUUCUAUAUCCAAGUAGUCGACGCCGAGCGCAUGGAAUCACCCCUGGUAUCUGGUCAUCCGUUCCACGUUGAUGGUCAACCAGCUCGAAUGAGCUGGUCGCGGAACGCCAGAACUUUCAUGUAUGAAGAGGAAAGAGGUGCUUACUUGCCUGCGGAGGAUGUGGCUAAGGCGAUUAUAUCGGGUCUUGGGUAUAGCGGUUACGUGUCUAUGGAAUUGUUUUCGAGAACCAUGGCGGAGGAAGGGAAACAGGUACCGGAUCAACACGCAGCGAGGGGUAUCCUGUCCUGGGAGAAGUUCCAAGAGAGACUGAACUUGAACUAG